AUGGAAAUGAACGCGAUCCAGACAUUUCUCUACGAAGUCUGCAUCCCGACCAUCAUCAUUCUCUGCGUCCUCGCAGCACUUUUUAACAUUUUGGUGUUCAUCAGUCGAUUCCACGUGAAAACACGUUCCUCCUCCCUGGAGCUGACGUACUCGCUGGCCCUGUCGGACACCUGGACAUCAAUGGUCAUUGCCGGAUCGCUAUUCUGGAACAGCUACAAGCCAGUGAUUCUCGGAAUUAGACAUGAAACGUACUGCUUCCCGCUGACGCUGGAGGCAUUCCGAACUGGCGGUCUCUUGGCCGGCUGCUUCCAUCUUGCCGCCCUCAGCUUUGUCCACUACCUCACAAUCAUCCGCCCGUUUGACCAUGUCAAAUACAUGAACAUCCAGGUGACGCAGGUGGUUAUUUUAAUAAUCUGGGCCGUGCCGCCGAUUCUAUUGUUCGCCUACUUUUCCUCGUACCAAAAUGAGGGCUACAGAAACCCGAAAUGCGAGGGGGUGUCAUUCUACGAGAAUCUGUACUUCCGAUUGGCCGUCUCGCUCAUCAUUGUUGUGCUAAUUCUCAUCACGUGUAUACUUUACUGGAAUAUGUUGCGCAAAAUUUCUACGGUUCGCACAAAAAUGGCGACAGCCAACCCGCGCGGGCGACGGACCGUUGUCACCGCCGUGCUCAUCUUCAGCACUUUUUUAAUCGGCUGGCUGCCCGCCAGCAUAAUGUUCGUGUUAACGGCCGAGGGUAUGCCGUUGUACCGAAAUAGCAGCAUCGUCGUCAACAUUCUCUCUAUUGUCGUUUUGGUGGCGAUCAUGGCGAAAUCGUUGACGAAUCCGAUCAUCUACGCCACAAGGAUACCCGAAAUCCGACAGUUCGUCCUCCACCGAAUAUUCUGGCAUUUCGGCACGUCCACGCCGCAUCAUCGUUCAGAAUUGACGCCAUUGAAACGCUCAGGGAAU